CAAGUACUUCACUAGUCAAGUCAAGACAACGAAAGACGACGACGUGAUCGCGGGCGGUCGUGUUUUAUAUAGGUGCACGUGUAGUCAAAGUAACCUAUUAAUUUAUUAUGAUUAAGGUUUUUUUUUGUGAAUUAAUGGAUGGUUAAAAAUUAAGCGAAAACGCUUUGGUUGAUUUGGAGAGCUUGACUGAGGCUACACAGAUGCUGACAUCGGUUUUAUGAUAGUGGGUGUGAUGGAAAUGUCACACCAGGGCGGUGCGGAGGCCGAGAGCCUGCUUCGCUCGGAGCGGAGCGGCGUCAUCAUGCCGGGACAACGACGUUGGGAUGUUAGCGAGGGCGAGAAGGCGCCUUUCCUACGCAACGAGCCAGUGAAGUUGACGCCCGCGUGGGAAGGUUCUAACCUGCCCAAUGACACGCUCAACUUAAAAGGUAUUGCCAUGGAUUUGGCGCCCCCAAAGGAUAAAUGGAACUUGAUCUUUUUCACGCUGAUGCUCCACGGCCUGGGGACCCUAACAGCAUGGAACAUGUUUAUAACAGCGAAGGACUAUUUCGUCAACUAUAAGCUCUUGAACGCACCGACAUUAGCGGAUGACUUCAUGCCGUACGUGGGAUGGGCUAGCCAAGUGCCUAAUCUUCUUUUUAGCUGGUUCAAUAUAUUUGUUAAAAUUGGAGGCAAUUUAACAACGAGGAUCGUGUGGUCGCUAUGCAUAGAAGUACUCAUAUUCGUGGCUACUGUUGUCCUUGCUAUGGUCGACAGUUCACAAUGGCCUGUAGUCUUCUUUUGGCUUACUAUGAUAUCCGUUUUCUUCUUAAAUGGUUUCAACGCUAUAUUCCAGAACUCAGUGUAUGGAGUGGCAGCUCGUCUACCGCCGCAGUACACAGGUGCCGUCGUCCUCGGCUCCAAUAUCUGCGGUACCCUUGUCGUAUUCAUCAACUGGGCCUCAGAUGUGUUUACAAAGAGCUACAGGACAUCAGCAAUAUAUUAUUUCAUUGCGGGCAUGUUCGUUUUACUGAUCUGCUUUGAUACAUAUUUCGCUCUGCCGUUGAACAGAUUUUUCCGCUAUCAUGAAACAUUACAAGAACGAACGCUUCGCGUAAACCCGGCUCUGGCCGCUACGAAUCAGAACGCAAGCCCUUCGACUCAACGCACUCCAUACGGUCUCAUCCUGCAACAAUCAAUCGUUCAACUAUACAAUAUAUUUAUUGUAUUCUUCGUAACACUUGCUGUGUUCCCUGCAGUUCAUUCGGACAUUCAGCCAGUGACAGCAGGAUUUUUAGGCAAUAACUUUGUACGACUCACAUGCUUCUUGACAUUCAAUUUCACAGCCAUGAUUGGCAAUAUUACAGCAAGUUUGUGGCAAUUUCCAAGUCCCCGUUGGUUGGCCCUCUUCACAAGUCUUCGUCUGCUUUUCAUACCCCUCUUCCUGCUGUGCAACUACCACCCAAGAGGUAGACUAAGAACAUUACCAGUUUUAAUUGAUAAUGACUGGGUUUACUGGGCAAUGGCUGUUUUACUCGGAUGGAGCUCAGGUCAUGGCAGUUCUCUUGGCAUGAUGUAUGUCAGUGGCACCGUGGCGCCGGAACAUGCCUCAACAGCUGGUAUGAUAGGAGGAGCCACACUAGUAACGGGAAUUGUAGUUGGCAUUUCAUUCUCAAUAUUCUGCCCCGAUAUUGUAUCUCUCGCUCUUUGGUCGAACAUGUAGCGACUACUUGCGUACAUCGGGACGUUCUGGAACGUUCUAGUACGUGUUGGGAAGUGAAUUUAACAGUUGAAGUUAGUGUGGUGUUAAAGUGACGUGUUGUGAUAAGUUAUACCCCGCCUUUGCCACGCCUUAGUGACAUCUCAAUAUAAGUAUAAAUGUUCCUUAAUCACAAAGUGUUACUUUGUAUGAGAGACAUUUUUCUGUUGCGAUUUAUGGAGUAUUCUAUAAUAAAACUGUGUCUAGUUUGAUUUUAACUUAUUUUAUAAGAUAAAGAAAACUAGGUCAUAUACAGUUCAUAUUUAAUUCUGAAUAUUCGAAAUAUAUUCAAUAUAUUUGCAAUUGUGUGUUCGACGUGUCUUAUAACAUAUAAAUAGACAAGAUGAUACAAUUAAACACAACAGUAUGACUCAAUAACUUAACUACACUUGAUAUAAUAAUGCCUUAUUAAUAUUCAAUAAACAUCUGUUGCUGCAAGGUAUAAUAAUGGAAUUGAAAAUGUUUGAAUAUAAUUUUAUUCAAGUUGACAAUGAAACAUACUAUGGUAAUAUUAAUAUAUGUAAUAGUUAUGACAAAUUAAUAUAUAAUAAACUAUUAAUUAAUUGAAAUUUUAAUUAAAUAUCACAUGAUAUUAUGAUAGUUGAACCCUUGCAGUUACAGAUAUUUUGAUCCAAACUGCCAUACAAUAAAAAGUGUUUAAUUCAUAAACAAUUUCGACUUUAAAUUAAAAUCGAUAUAAACAAAAAUACGUUAAAUUACGAUAAAUCGGACUUUAAUAGUUGGUAAUUAGGUUGGUUUUGUGAAUUAAGGUUAUAUAUCAGCAUAUGAUAUUACAAUUGUUGAAGUUUGAGAGGCUUAGAGUAUAUAUAUAUUGUAAUUAGUACAAAUUGUUAAAAUUUAUAGUAGAAAUACAUAUUACAUUUAUUAUAGUAAUUAUCUGUUCCGAUUAUUAUUUGCAUUUUGGUUAUCUCUUCAUAUUGAUUUAAGAGACAAAAUAAUAUUUUACUUACAGAUACUUAUAUUUAUAUUUGUGUUAAAAACAACAGUAACCACAGAGUGUAUUUCGAUAUUAUUUUUUUUGUUCUCCCAAACUAUUCAUAUUUUACGUCCCUUAAUGUAAGUUAACAUAUACAAGAUAUUAAUCCAAAGUGCUUCUAUUGUUUAAGAAUUGUAAGGCUUAUUUAGAGUAAGAUAUUCGACGGCAAUGAUGUAAUUAAUUGUUUUUUUUUUUUAAAUUACUAUUACUGAAAGGACUACAGCUGGCUGUAAUCGUAAGGUAUUAUAAAUUUCUUUUAAUUAAAUAUGCACUAAAAUAUAUUUGUAAGAAAUUUGAUAAAUAUAUCUUAAUAUAUUAUGUAAAAUGAUUUAUUCUUUUUAAUCACUGGCAACAUUCAGAACAAUAUUUGUUAUUAAAAAAUAAAUAAUUGUUUUUUUUAAAUUCUAUAACAUAUGAAGGGUGUAGCAUUAAAGCAUUUUUUUUACAGACUGAUUUUUACAUUAACAUUAUUAGAUGUAUAUAAGAAAAUGUAUAACAUAACUUUGUAAGUAAUAUUUAAAACAAUAUUUCUUAACUGGAGAUGUAUUAUUAAAAAAAAAUUAACAUUAAUUGAUUAUUUGGUUAUAAACACAUUUUUUUUUCUUAUGAAAAUAUUUAUCAGAACAAACAAUACGAAUAUUUUAAUUUUGCCACUUGCUAAUUAUUCUCAUUGCCUCUACAAAGUUAUGCAUAACUAUAUUUGUGAUAUAUUCAAAUAUAUCACAUUUAUUAAUAUUAAUGGUUUAAAAGUAUGAGUUACAAGAGUAUAACAAUUACUGACCAUUUGCUGCAACUUCAGAGAGGCAAAGUUAAAAUAUUUUCGAUUUAAGUUAUUUGCUAAGAAAUAUUUGAUAAUUACCGUUUAUCGUUAAUCAUAUAAUAACAAAUGCCUGUUCAUAACACAUAGAAACGCACACUAUGAUGAUCCACUUUAUGCAAACAGUCACAAGAGCUCAUUUUAAGUGUAAUAGUAGUGUUUGUUUAAAGUCACUUAAUGAUAAAUAAAAUAUAAAAUUUAUUUUGAAUGAAUCUGAAAAUAAUUUAACUAAUAUUUAAAUUUUAAUUGAAUGAAUGUGCCGUUCUUGAUUUUUUUAUAUAAUAUAAUGCUUUAUGUUACCAAAAUUAAUAUUUGAUGAAGUAAUGUUUGUUGCUGAGAAUGGAUUAUUCCAGAGUGUUCACUAUAGAGACCAAAUAAUCUCUUAUAUUAAAUGAACAAAGAGUUAUAUUUGUUCUACCUACACUAACAGUUGUUAGGAAUUAUUUAUUACAUAGUAAAGGUUUUUUCAUUAUU